UUAAACCCAUGAUAUCAAAAUCUCACUCCAGCCAGGUACCCAAAGUUGGCAACCCUGACCUACGUCCAUUUAUACAGUCUAUGGUCCAGACCCACUUUUGGAAUCAAAUGAUGACGUCAGUGGGAUUAUCUCCUUUAUCAACUCCUAAGCAUCCCCGGGACAACAUCACUAGCCCCGCUCCUAAAAAGGUGUGAAUUUGAGCCAAUCAAGGACUACUACUACUAGGUCGUCCUUAGACGAGUUUGCCAACGGGUUCGCCAAUCCUCACGGUCCUCCAUACACCCGGCCAGCUCUGUGGAGCUUUCCACCCCCACAUCCUUCCUCAGCACCUCCACGUAUGUUGGCGUGGGGCGCCCUCUUGGUCGGUGCCCGUGUGUUGGCUCCCAGAGUACUAACUUGCCAGCUGGAAGUUCCUGGUGUCGAUGGCAGUGACCUGCAAAUUUCAGUUUCCUGGAUGCCACCUUGUCACUCAGCCUGGGUAGCCCACCAGGACUAGCCCCGCUCCUACAUUUUUGAGAGAUUUCUGAGGAGAUUUUUCAUAUUUUUGGAGAGAAAUAAAGGCAUGGAUAGUUUUGUUACCAAGACCAAGAGAGUUCGGCUUGAGGUUGUGCAAGGGGAGCAGCUCCUCAUCACCGCAAGUCUGGCUGGAAUCCUGACUGGUUAAAGGACCCUCUCUUCAACACUUGGUUGUACAACACCAAAAAUGGCAUGUUUUGCAGGCUCUGUAGGCUACACAAGCCUCCUCAUACUAAAGGCCCUCGGCAAAGGUCCUUUAUUGAAGCUGGGUACACGGUCUACAGGAAGGAUGUGAUCCAGCACCACCUGAAAUCCGAACUGCAUCAAUACAGUGUGGGAAAGCAGGCGUCCCUGGCUUCAGGCCUCAGUGUGGUGCAGGCUUUUGAGCCCAAUAUUGUCAUGGAGCAUGAAGCCAUCAUAGGAGGGUUCAAAUGCCUAUACUGGCUCAUGAAGAAUGAAAUAUCGCACCACAACAACUACCCAAAGCUCCUCAGCCUAACGCAAUUAUUGGGUUGCAGCUACUUUGCAAAGCUGAAGCUGGACCAGAGGAGUAAUUAUCACUCCCACAGGAUUGUGGACGAAAUGCUGGAGAUCCUUGCGAAGAUUGUAGAGUCCUCUAUCAUGGAGAAGAUGAGGGUCUCAGCAGCUAUCGGCCUUGAGGUGGAUGAAACCACAGAUGUUUCUGUGAUCCGGCAGCUCGAUCUACAUGUCAGACUCCUGGACAAGGAUGGACUCGUCUACACGCACUUCCUUGACCUGGUCCCAUUGGACGAUGGGAAGGCUGAUACAGUUGUUGCUGCCAUCAAACGCGUGAUUCAGGAGAAGGGGCUCCCGACUAACAAGCUAUACGGGCUCGGGACUGAUGGAGCAGCAGUGAUGACUGGUCGUCUGAAUGGUGUGGCCAAGCAGCUCACUGAUGAUAUCCCGUGGCUGGUGGCUGUGGCCUGCGCGGCCCAUAGAUUGGCGCUGGCGUGUAAGGGGGCCUCAGAGACGGUGAAGUACAUGGCCACCUUCCGCAACCACCUACAGGACCUGCAUCUUUUCUUUCGCAACAGCGCCAAUCGGUCAGCCGCCCUGCACAAUGCUGCCACCACACUCGGUUUGAGUGACCUGAAGGUCAAGGAAGUCAAGGACACAAGAUGGUUGUCGCAGGAGAUGGCAGUCCAGAAUCUGCGGAGGAACCUGCCAGCCGUCCUCUCUGCUCUUGCUGAUGAGGCCACCACCAGAAAGUGUCCAAUAGCCAAAGGCCUGUACACCUUUUGCGCAACAUACCGUUUUGUGGCUGCCCUGUACCUGCAGGCGGAUGUGUUGCCGCACAUCUGCCUCCUCUCAAAGGUGUUCCAGAAGGCCAACGUAAACUUCUUACACAUUAAGACGCAGGUUCCAGCCACACUGGCAACCAUCAGGAGUUGUUGGGAGGCAGGCGAGGCCCCACUGCCCGGGACUCACCUCCAUCGGCUUCAUGCGGACCUGGACGAUCCUGUGGGACUUGGGCCAUUCAACAUCUGCCACAAGGAGGAGCGGGUCAGGAGGGGACGGGACGGGACCUCCAGGACCCUCCCAGGGACGUGCUGUGGGCCAGAUUUGUUAAAGAAGUGCUCAAACUAUACCUGAGUGGAUUGGAGAGCAACCUCAAGAACAGGUUCCCAGACGUCGAGUUGUUGGGGGCCUUUGUUGUGCUUAGGCAGCAAUGGCAGACGAAGACACCAACAUUGAAAACCUUGACAUUCUUGCGAGGAAGUUCAUCCCAGGGCGGGAAGAAGACCUUAAAACGGAGUGGUACUCCUUCAAACCCCAACUCACAGGAGCUUUCAAGGACAACAGUCAAGCUGAGAUCAUGCAGAUGCUGGCAAGCGAGAACGAUGAGUGGGCCGAACUCUAUCCUCUACUCGGCAAGCUUUCUGCAGCUGGGCUGGUGAUCCCGGUCUCAAGUGUGAACUGUGAGCGAGACUUCUCGACGAUGAACCGGGUGAAAACUGACCUGCGAAAUAGACUUCAGGGGGAGCACCUGGCAGCAUGCCUCCGAAUAUCCAUAGAUGGACCGGAAUCGGAACACUUUCCAUACCAGAAAGCCCUGGAGAGGUUUUUUGACAAGCCGCGACGGAUCCACUGCUCAAACAGGCUGUGCCGUCUGUGCAACCAUUACGUUUGUUGCUCAUUUCAUUCACCAGUUUGUAUAUAGUUAAAAUAAAGUUAUCCGGUGAUUGACGAUCAGA